CGACUGAUACAGGUAAUGUACAAAAGAUUCGGAGUGUGACACAGACAUUUGGAAAGAGAUCUCCAAGUGUUCUUCUGUCAGACAGUUAAGAUGAUCCAGAGGAGGUACAAUGGCUUUGCCGAGGUUGUCCAUGUAAUUGUUUGGCUUUGCAGAGGUUUUCCAUUUCCAGCUUUCAAGUGCAAAAUCUCAGUCACAAGAUCCCCAGAGACAUCAAUGAUAUAUUCCUCAGCAAAUAAGUUUGCAUCUGUUUGCAUGUUUAUCGAUCGUUUCUUCGUUCAUUGAGAGGUACUUCCAUAGAAAGGCGAAUUUUGCUUCCAAACCUUGAACUACAUCAUAAUGGUUUCUCAUUUCUGUCAACAAACUCUCAAUAAUAAUAUCAAAAACGUGUGAUGUAAAAUCAAAAUCGUAUGAAUCAUUGUCGACAUUUGUUUCAUCGUCUUCUGUAUCCUCACUUUCAUCAGAUACAUCCGAUUUGUCGAAGAACCUCUUCCGUCUCUUCUUUCGUUUCUCCUAUUGGACAUGCCACAGCUCAAUUUGCAAACCUGUCACACAGCUUUGCAUUCUGCUAGAAUCGCAGGCCAUUUUACUCGACACUUAGAAAAAAAUCGAUGCCGGGUUGUAGCAUAGUAUAGGUGUUAUGUUUAGACGGGAUAUUAACUAUAUAAUUAACUCAUAUAACCAAAGAACAUCAAUAUAUAUUCAGUUAGUGUUUGGACUACACGAAUAGACCUGUAGUAUUAUCAUAUAGAAAUAAACAAAUAAACAAACAGAGAUAUUAUAUUGGCAACGAGCAUGGCCGAUGACGAACAAGCUGCGCAACCAGUAACUAUUAACACACCGUCAGUUUCUAUACAACCUCUACCUGAAUUUAAUCCUGAUUCAGAAGUCGGAGCGACUUUAGCCACUCGUUGGACGAAUUAGCUCGAUGAUUUUGAAAUGUUUUAUACUUGCUAGUGGCAUCACAGAUGAGAAACGCAAACGGUGCCUUGCUUCUCUAUCAAGCAGGACAAUGCGUCAGAGAAAUUUUUUGACAAUUACCGAAAACAGGAACAGCAGCGGACUACAGUAUUUUGAACCUCAAAAAAAUUGUUAUAAAGUAUACCGGUUCAGACAAGCUACUCAAGAAGCACACAAAACGUUUCAGAUCAGUUUCAUACGCGUUUACGUAUGAGCGCCCAAAUGUGUUAUUUUGCAGAUGCAGAUUUCGAGAUUGAGCAACAAAUUGUUAUGGCUGGCUCAUCAACUAGAAUUCGAAAGAAAGCUCUACGUGAUCCUACGUAAGAUCUGAAAGCUAUUCUCAUUGAUGGUAGACGUGAUGAGCAACUUAUAUCCUCACACGAAUAGUUGUCCGGCGAAAGGUAAACAAUGCAACAGAUGCAGAAAACAGAACCACUUUGCAAAGGUCUGUCGCAGUAAACCUGAACAGAAAGAGCACCCCCCUGCAAGUCAAGGAAAACGUUAUGAACAUAAAUGUUAAUAACCCGUAAAACUUUUAAGAAACAUUGAACAUGAGAAAUACGAUACAGAGAGCUCUGAUAGUGACGAGAACUAUCUGUAUGCUGUGAUGAAUACCACAACACCAAAAGUGAAUGUAAAUGUAUACCAACAGUCCUUUAAAGCUACUGUUGACACAGGCGUGUCAAUUAACGUCAUUUAUCAAAAUACAUAUGCUAAACUGAAAGAAGUAGAACUUCAACGGACAAGCAUUAAAGCAUUUGCAUAUAACUCUGCAAAACCCAUGAAAUUCGUAGGGAGAUUCAAAAUGAAACUCGGAAACGUAUCGCAGUUGCGACAUUCUAUGUUGCUAAGAAAAUCUGAUCUCGUUGCCAACGGCUCAAGAAUUGGGUCUAAUCAGUUUACAUCUCCCUGACAAUCAACCACUGCAGACAAGUUUAAAACAACAGAAAUUAACAGAAGAAUAUGUGAACUUCUUACUCAGAACAGCAUCCCAAAAGCUAUGACAUUGGAAGAAAUUCAAGCAGCUACUGACUCAGACAGAACAUUGGAAGGACUAAGAGCUGCUAUCAAACUAAACAAAUGGGACUAUGAAGUAUUCAAACCAUUUAAAAACGUAAAAGACGAACUCACAGUAACAUCAACUGGUAUCGUUUGACAAGGAUUGAGAAUUGUGAUUCCGAAAUCACUGCAGCAACAAGCAAUCGAAACACAUCCGGGUAUUACAAAGAUGAAAGCCUUAAUUAGAGAAAAGAUCUGGUUUCCAGAUAUCAACAAUCUGGUAAAAACAACCAUUGACCAGUGCAUACCCUGUCAAGCCAUAAGUAAGUAAACAUCACCCGAACCUCUAGCGAUGACCAACAUGCCCAAAGGACCAUUGGAACUUGUGCAUCUUGAUUUUUACGGUCCUUUACCCUCAAGCGAGUACAUACUAGUCGUACUUGAUGGCUAUUCACGAUUUCCCGAAGUAGAGAUUGUUAAAUCCACUAAAGCAACCACAGUCAUACCAAAAUUAGAUAAGAUUUUUGCAACACAUGGUAUACCACCCACAGUUAAAUCCGACAAUGGUCCGCCCUUCAACAGAGAAGAGUACAGUCGGUAUUUAAAAGCAUUUGGAAUAAAACCGGUAUUUUCAACUCCGCUAUAUCCGCAAGGAAACGCGGAAGUAGAACAAUUUAUGCAACCACUAGGGAAAACGCUAAAAGCAGCGAAAAUUGAAGGUCAUCCCUGGCAUCAAGUACUGAACAGAUUCUUAUUGCAAUAUCACAACCCCACAUUCCACCACUGGAGUACCACCAGCAGAACUGUUAACAGAACUGUCAAAGGAAAAUUACCUGUGUUACAAAAGUGGAAUAUGAUCAACCUCCACAGACAAGCUCGUCAGAACGAAGAAUCGAAAAAGGAGUACAGCAAGAAAUACGCAGACAACAAGCGAAACGUGAAAAAGAACGACAUCAAAGUCGGUGAUUGUGUCCUGGUUAAACAACAAAAACAAAACAAACUUACAUCAAAAUACAACGAAGUACCAUAUACUGUAACAAUCGUGUGUUUCAGCACACAACAAAUACAGACAUAUUAUUACGAGAAAC